AUUACCAUUGCUGUUGGUUUAGCAAAAUGUGUCUUGAAACGUCCAACAGACUCAAUUUUUAUUAUACAUCCAGGACCCAGCAGAAGACUCUUACAAGCAACAUUUAAAGGAAAAAAAUUGGGUCACUCUCGUCACGCACAUCAGAUGGCGCUGACCCGAUAAAUUUUUGAUAAAAAAUAAUUCCGUGACCUCAGGACAACAAACUGCAAUGGGACGCCAAUAACACAAUGAUAUUUCCCACAAGUGGUGCCAUUUCUCUAAAACUGUGCCGUUGAAUCAUCGUGCAAAGUACCAAAACACAGCGACUGUCAUUCCCUUGUAGGCGCCUAAACCCUAAACAUUUCGUUACAAAAAUAAUCUGGAUUUAUAAAUAAUCCAACGUGAGCAAGUUCCGAUGGUUGUCUCUCCUUGAUAACGUCCCAAGCGCUAACUCGACCUGACACUUUGACACUUGGAAGCAGUGACAUGUCAUAAACACAAGACUAAUAUGAAUUCGGAGCUCCAGAAAAAGCAAGAUGUUAAGUACGAUUCAGCUUCCAACAUUUCGAAUUCGAAUGGAGACAUCUGCAGGAUUUGCCACUGUGAAGCUGACACGGAUAACCCUUUAUUGUCACCUUGUUAUUGUUCCGGUAGUUUGAAAUAUGUGCAUCAGUCUUGCCUUAGACAGUGGUUAGCUGCUUCUGAUACCCGUUCGUGUGAAUUGUGCAAGUUUAGCUUUAUUUUACAAACCAAAAUCAAACCCUUGUCAGAAUGGAGAACUUUGGAGAUGAGCAGCGUGGAACGAAGGCGUCUCCUGUGUGCUAUUCUAUUUCACUUUGUUGCGGCUGUGUGUGUUAUUUGGUCACUGUUUGUGCUUAUUGAUAGAGCUGCAGAGGAAGUACAGAAAGGCCUAAUUGCUUGGCCUUUUUGGACUAAGUUAGUCGUUGUUGCUGUAGGUUUUACAGGCGGUGCUGUGUUUAUGUAUAUACAAUGUCGACAGUACUUACAUCUUUUCGCAAGAUGGAAAGCACAUAACAGAAUUAUAUUAGUUCAGAACGCGCCAGAGAAGCCCCUGAUGGCCCCCCCUUCCCCCAGUUUCAUUUUUACUAGAAGUUCCCAUCAUCAGCAAUAUUCUCCCCAAGUUCUAGCUCAUGGGAACUUCAACAUACCACACGCAAAUUCGGAUUCAAAUAAUGAUUCACAUUUGUGUUACGUGUUUGAGAAAGAAGCGCAUGAGAAGCCUAGUUUUUUGAGUAAUAGUGGGUCAUCUUCUCAGAAGGAUGAUAUCCAUGUAGAAGACCUAUGUGACACGGUUUCUAGUGAUAAUUUUAUCAAUCCAUUGGCCAGUUCUAUGCCUUCAGGAAGUAUAAACCCAAGUACUCGAGAGAUUUUAGCUUUAGAUAUUCACUGCUCUUCUAGAAGUGCAAAUGAGUUUUCUCUUAACCACUCAACGAAGACUGAUAUUAUUCGAAAUAAGAGUUGUGUGUUUAAAUCUUUGCCUAACUUAAACACUAGCAAUGAAAACUUAAUUGUGUAAAUAAAAUAAAUUAUACCUGUACAUA